AGGAGGAGGCAGGAGCAGCAGGAGGAGGAGGCAGGAGCAGCAGGAGGAGGGUUGGUGGUGGUGGCACCACGACGAGGAGAUCGGAUGAUCGGGGAGAGCCCCUGAGCCGGGAGUCGUGAUGACGGACCACGAGACCUGGGCCCCCGGGACCCACUGUGUGGCUCGUUACAACUACCACGGCACGGCUAACGACGACCUCUCCUUCAACAAGGGCGAUGUGCUCACCAUCGUCUCCGACAACAAGGACAGGAACUGGUACCAGGCUCGCAACAAAGAUGGCCGCGAGGGCUUCAUUCCUGCCAAUUACGUGCAGAAACGCGAGGCCGUCAAGACCGACGGCAAGCUCAGCAUGAUGCCGUGGUUCCACGGGAAGAUCCCGAGGGAGCAGGCGGAACGGCUGCUGUGCCCUCCGGAGGACGGGAUGUUCCUGGUGCGUGAGAGCACCAACUACCCGGGCGACUACACGCUGUGCGUGUGCGCCGGCGGCAAGGUGGAGCACUACCGCAUCAUCUACCGCGAGAGCCGGCUCACCAUCGACGAGGAGAGCUACUUCGACAACCUUAUCCAGCUCGUCGAGCAUUACACGCAGGAGGAGGACGGGUUGUGUACGCGGCUCAUCAAGCCCAAGCCCAUCGAGGGCGCCAUCGCCGCUCAGGAGGUUUUCUCCAAGGGCGGCUGGGUGAUUGACGUGCAUGAGCUGAACUUGGGCAACUCCGUGGGGAAGGGCGAGUUUGGAGACGUACACGAGGGCUGCUACCGUGGCAACCGCGUGGCCGUCAAGAUCAUCAAGAGCGAUGCCACGGCGCAGGCAUUCCUCGCAGAGGCAGCCGUCAUGACUGAGAUCCGGCACAAGAACCUGGUGCAGCUGCUGGGCGUGGUGAUGGGUGACUACCUCUACAUCGUCACCGAGUUCAUGGGCAAGGGCAGCCUCGUGGACUACCUGAGAUCGCGGGGUCGCUCGGUCAUCACGCAGAGAGACCUCAUCCAGUUCUCCCUCGACGUGUGCGAGGGCAUGGAGUACCUGGAGUCGCGGCGCUUCGUGCACCGCGACCUGGCGGCACGGAACGUGCUCGUGUCGGACGACAGCAUCGCCAAAGUGAGCGACUUCGGCCUGGCCAAGGAGCAGGCGACCGCCACCGUCGACAGCAGCAAGCUGCCCGUCAAGUGGACCGCCCCGGAGGCGCUGCGGCACAACGCCUUCACAUCACAGUCGGACGUGUGGAGCUACGGCGUCCUGCUGUGGGAGGUCUACUCGUUCGGACGCGUGCCCUACCCCCGUGUGCCCCUGAAGGACGUGGUGUCCCACGUGGAGAAGGGCUAUCGGAUGGACGCCCCCGAGCAGUGCCCGUCCAUCGUCUAUCAGCUGAUGCGCGACUGCUGGAGCCUGGACCCACAGAAGAGGCCCAAGUUCCAGGACCUGCGGCGGAGGAUAGAGGCGGAGAAGGGUCGCAUCGCCAGCGAGUGACACGUGCACCGACACACACACACACACGCCUGUACACACACACGAACCUACAUACACACGGACCUACACACACGUGCCUAUACACACACACCUACACACACAUGGACCGACACAAACACGCACCUACACAAACACGCACCUACACACACACCCACACACACCAAUGCACACCGACCUACAUAAACAUGCAAAGUCCCCUACAAACACACACUCCUACACACGUAUAACCACCAAUACACCAAAACACACAUUGACAGACAAUCUAACACACACACCCAAACAUAGCCACUUAUGCAGAGACGCACACGCACGCACAGAGACGCGCGCACACACACACUGUAGCACCGCACUCCUCUCAUUUCCGUUGCCUGGGCUCGUUGCGCUCCACUCUUCGGGAAGCCGGACGCCGACGGCGCCGGGCGGCGGCAGCAGCAGCAGCAGCGCCGCUCCCCUUGCAUGUCCACGCCUCGUUGAGCCUCGCAUCGAUAACAUCGUCGUCAUCAUUUUUAAAUCUUAUUACUAACCCUUACUACGGUAGCUUUUUUAAUCGUGUUCGCGCGUGCGCGACGUUUGUGUUCGUGACGCUGGUGCGUUGGCCGGCACUUUCCUUGCAGUUGGGCUGGCACCGCCGCCUGUGCCCCCCACGCCCCCCUCCUCCCCUCGGGUGCCCCCCCCCCGCCCCCACGGUGCCCCUCUUCGCUUCCUCGAGUCGCACAUUUCAGGGUCGCGCCCCCCACGUGGACUGUGGUGGGUGCCGGGGGGGUGGGGGGGCUCGGCCUCCUGGCCAGGGCUCCGCGCGACCCCCACAAGUCGGGCGUGCCCGCGGCGCGGGUUUACGCGCGCGCCACGCGGUGCCGCCCGGUGUGCCAUGCUCUGCCAUCUGGUGCCUUGUGGCCUCACGCGGGCACCGCGUGGUGCCACCGUGCGGCGCUUCCCCACCCUGCGGGGCCCCCCGCCGCCUGUGACCGGGUCGCCGCCAACCCUCGACGCGUUUCCUCGGAGCGCCGUGCGCCGGUAGCGUUUUUAUAAAUCGACUGCGUCCGUGACAGUCCCCCGCUUGCGGGGGCUGGGGGGUGACCACGGGUGGGGAAUCGCCCCACGAUUCCCCUCUUGGUGCCGCGCAGAGUUGGGCGGCGGGUGGCCCGGGCCGACAGGGUGGGCCCCCCUCUAACGCGCGUCCCCGGCCGUAGCAGCAUUCGACCAACGGUCCCACGCGGCGUUCGCCUCUCUCUCAACCCGGGCAGGUUAAUUUAUACAGGCGACGUCCAGACACGAGAGGAGGGCGCGAGGUCCCCGCUGGCAGGAUGCGGAGAGAGGCCGCCGCAGUGUCCUUGGACGCGGCGGCCUCACCGCGCUCCGCUCGUGGGAACCUUACGUUCCGGUGUGUGGGCGAAGUGAAUCGUGUCUGAAUAAAGUCGCUUUUCAUUUUGGUUCUA